CGGAGACUGUUUCCUGCGCACCACCGGAAGUGGAAACGAAACAGCGUUUACACAAUAGAAGUUUUGGUGUUUAGAGUUUUACCUUCAUUGUGUAUAAAAUCACAUUUCUGGACGCUAUGAUAAACGUUUAGUUCAAUAUAAACCAGGUUAGUCGCGUUGCUUUAAGAUGGAGAAAGAGAGGAGACGGAGGCGAGAAUCCCCGCCGCGGGAGGCGAGGGUGAGAAUCAAACAGGAGAGAGCGAGUCCCGCGCGGAGACCGAGACCCCCCCGGUCCCGGUCCCCCAGCCCAAGAACCCGACACCGUUCCCGGUCCCCCAGCCCCAGACCCCGACCCCGGUCCGCCAGCCCCAGACCCCGACCCCGGUCCGCCAGCCCGAGUCCCCCCCGCAGGAGGAGCAGCAGAUCGCCUGUCAGACCGCGGGAUCGAUCCCCGACCAAGAGGGAGAGGUCUCCCCCCAGGAGGGAGAGGUCUCCCCCCAAGAGGGAGAGGUCUCCCCCCAGGAGGGGCAGCCGGUCCCCUCGGAACCAGAGGGGUGGGAGUCCCCACCAGGGGGGAGACGCCAGGAUCAAACGGGAGCGGGAGCCUCACCGAGGGGGGGGCGCCGAGCCUCACCGGGGAGGGACCGCGGAGCCUCACCGGGGGGGGGCCGCAGAGCCUCACCGGGGGGGGGCCGCAGAGCCUCACCGAGGGGGGACCGCCGAACCUCACCGGGGAGGGGGCGCCGAGCCUCACCGAGCGGGGGCCGUCGGGGCUGAGGACCAGCGCGUGCGGAGCGACCCCCCCCCGGAGCGGAGGAGCCGGUGGGAGACGGACCGACCGCCACGGGAGCGCGGGGGGCGGUGGGACGCGCCGCGGGGCGGGCCUGCCCCCCAGGAGCAGCAGGAGGAGCGGCAGCAGCACGACGAGCGGCGGAGGGAGGCCCGGGCGCGCAGGGAGGAGCAGGAGGGGGCGGGGGCCUUCGGGGUGCCCCAGGAGGGGGGCGAGGGCGGCGACGACCCCCCUCCCGACAAGGAGAAGCCCGACUUCGGGCUGUCGGGGGCGCUGACGGAGGAUACCAACACCUUCAGGGGCGUGGUCAUCAAGUACAACGAGCCCCCCGAGGCGCGUAUCCCCAAGCGGCGCUGGCGCCUGUACCCCUUCAAGAACGACGAGCCGCUGCCCGUCAUGUACGUCCACCGGCAGAGCGCCUACCUGCUGGGCCGCGACAGGAAGAUCGCCGACAUCUCCAUCGACCACCCCUCCUGCUCCAAGCAGCACGCCAUCUUCCAGUACAGGCUGGUGGAGUACACGCGUCUGGACGGGACCCCAGGCCGCCGGGUGAAGCCCUACCUGCUGGACCUGGGCUCGGGGAACGGCACCUACCUGAACAACCAGCGCAUCGAGGGCCAGCGCUACUACGAGCUCAAGGAGAAGGACGUGCUCAAGUUCGGCUUCAGCAGCCGCGAGUACGUCCUGCUGCACGAGUUCUCGGACACGGCCGAGGUGGACGCCCAGACUGCCGGGGAGGAGGACGAGGACGACGGGCUGGACGAGUAGCCCCGCCCACAGCACCACCGCGGACUCAGCCAUUGGUUUAUUCAAUUCCAAAAAAGGCGUUGGCGAGGAAGGCGUGACCCCACGGCUCUGACCGGCCAAUCGUCUCUCAGAACAGCGUCUACUUCUCAGGACUCGCCCCCACUCCUCUCCUCAUCGGCUCUCUGCUGAACCACGGAGCCACUGGUCCCACUGGUCCCACUGGUCUAUGGCUCUGCUGAACCACGGAGCCACUGGUCCCACUGGUUCAUGGCUCUGCUGAACCACGGAGCCACUGGUCCCACUGGUUCAUGGCUCUGCUGAACCACGGAGCCACUGGUCUCACUGGUUCUGUGCUCUGCUGAACCACGGAGCCACUGGUCCCACUGGUUCUGUGCUCCGCUGAACCUGGUUCUGUGCUCCGCUGAACCUGGUUCUGUGCUCUGUAGUCUGUUCACCUGAUGUAAGGCUGUCUGUAUGUUUAGUCUCAGUGUUUUCUCACAGCCUUGGUUCUGUCUGAACAAUAAGCCGGUGAUUUCAGUUUUUAUGCGGUUGUACAGGGGGGGUUUUCAAGUUUGAGUUUCUACUCUUUGAUGCAUUCGACAUUCAUAAUUCAGUAUUGGUGUUUUGUAUUGUGAAUAAAGACUGAACAAAGGG